UCACAUACUGGCGAGCAUCCCUUUAAAUGUUUGGCAUGCGAAAAGACCUUUGCCCAAAUACAUCAAAUAAAGAGUCACUUGUUGAAACACUCUGGGAAGUGUCCUUACAAAUGUACUACAUGUGGAAAAUCCUUUGCAUCAAUUAGCAAUAUGAAGAGACACUCAUUGGUCCAUUCAGGAGCGAGACCUUAUAAGUGCAAUACAUGUGGAAAAAUGUUUACAUCUGAAAGCUAUAUGAAGAUACACUCAUUGGUCCAUUCAGUAGAGAGACCUUAUAAGUGUUCUAUAUGUGGAAAAUCCUUUGCGGCCAAAAUGUAUUUAAAGAGUCAUACAUUAAUUCAUACUGGAGAAGAGAGACCUUUUAAGUGCAAUACAUGUGGAAAAUCCUUUAAAUUGAAAAGUAAUUUGAAUUAUCACACAAAGAGUCAUUUAGGUGAGAGACCUUAUAAAUGCAAUAUUUGUGGAAAUUCUUUUCUGACCAAAAAUGCAAUGAAGAUUCAUACAAGGGGUCAUACUGGAGAGAGACCUUUUAAGUGUUCUACAUGUGAAAAAUAUUUUGUGACAAAAUACGUUUUGAAGAAACAUCACACAAUGGUUCAUACUAAAGAGAGGCCUUAUAAGUGUUCUACAUGUGAAAAAUCUUUUGCAAGGAAAGACAUUUUGAGGGGUCACUACAAAAGGAUUCAUACCAGAGAGAGACCUUAUAACUGUUCUACAUGUGAAAAAUCUUUUGCAACAAAAAGUGAAUUGACGGGUCACAUAUUUAUGUAUCACAAAAGGGUUCAUACUGGAGAUAUGAGAACUUAUAAGUGUUCUAUAUGUGAAAAGAGUUUUGCAAGGAAAGACGUUUUGAAGGGUCAUCUCACAAGGGGUCAUGCUGGAGAGAGACCUUAUAAGUGUUCAACAUGUAACAAAUCUUUUGUGACGAAAGAGUAUUUGAAGUUACAUCACUCAAGGGUUCAUACUGGAGAGAGACCUUAUAAGUGCUCUACAUGUGAAAAAUCUUUUGCAGCAAAACUAACUUUGAAGGAUCAUCACACAAGGGUUCAUACUGGAGAGAAACCAUAUAAGUGCUCUACAUGUGAAAAAUCUUUUGCGACAAAAGAUGAUUUGAGGGCUCACAUAGGGGUUCAUACUAGAGGGAAGAGACCUUAUAAGUGUUCUAUAUGUGAAAAGAGUUUUGCAAGGAAAGACGUUUUGAAGGGUCAUCUAAGGGUUCAUGCUGGAGAGAGACCUUAUAAGUGCUCUACAUGUGAAAAAUCUUUUGCAACAAAACUAGCUUUGAAGGUUCAUCACUCAAGGGUUCAUACUGGAGAUAGACCAUAUAAGUGCUCUACAUGUGAAAAAUCUUUUGCGACGAAAGAUGAUUUGAGGGCUCACAUAGGGGUUCAUACUAGAGGGAAGAGACCUUAUAAGUGUUCUAUAUGUGAAAAGAUUUUUACAACCAAAGGCGCUUUGAAGGUUCAUUACACAAGGGUUCAUACAGGAGAAAAAGAGAAAAAGAAUCUGAAUAUUACCUUAUAAUCUGAAUGUUAAUCUCUUAUAAUCUGAAUGUUGGUACCUUAUAAGUUCUCUACACGUGAAAACACUUUUGCAACAAAAGAUUAUUUGAGGUGUCAUCACACAGGAGUUCAUGGAGGAGAGAGACCUUAUUAGGCACACGUCCACACUCUUGAUUCUUUUCAUUUGAUCAAUGAAAUACUUAACAAUAGUAGUUUUUUUUGUUUUGUUGAUACAAUAUUAUUAAGUUGUAGGUACUUAAAAAAAAAAUUGACUUAAGCCUGACUUAUUUUUCAUUGUUGGGACCCAUUACUCAAGAUGUAAUGCUAGGUCAAGGUUAUUACAUGUUUUUACAAAUAUCAGUAUUUUAUCUUGAACUGUUUUUUCUUUAGUUGUAUCCUACAGGUUUCAGCAAAUUUCUCUUUUAAGGAAACAAGCUAUAAAUGUUGGUAGAUGGCAAGGUAACAGUGAGACCUGGGUUAGAUUAACUUUUUGUUUUGUUGACCUCAGAGAUAACAAAAACGGUAUUGUUAAACUGUCACGUUUUUUAAUUGUAUAUAGAUGUAUAGAUGAGGCUCCUAGCACAUAAAACAACCAGAUAAUCAAUAUAAAAUACCUGUUUGUCAAAAAAGAUUUUUUACCAAAAUUAAUACACGGGUUUUCGACAAUAUGUUAAAAUUGUUAUCUUUUUUAGCGAAUUUCCCAUAUAGAGAAUAAGCUAUUACCGUAGUACUCAUGGUAAGACCUGGACGCGCGACCGUUUUUUUUUUUUUCGUUUUGAGGUCCCUAGA